UGCUGAAAGAUAAUGCUGGAUUUACUCCUGCACAGCUUGCAUCUGAUAAAGGUCAUCGACAUGUCGCUUUUUUCCUUUAAAGAUCCUGGUUAUAUAAAAGCAAGGAUGGGUAAUCAUACUGAUGCUGAGGAUCCUUUGUUGAAUAUUGAUCUGAAGAAUUCCUCUACUUGGACGGGGAAUUGGUCUCAACUUUGCCCUACCUGCAAGAUAAUAAGACCAGUUCGCUCCAAACACUGCCCUAUAUGCAAGCACUGUGUGGAACAGUUUGACCAUCACUGUCCCUGGAUCUCAAAUUGUGUGGGCAAGAGGAAUAAGUGGGACUUCUUUGUUUUUCUCUGCAUGGGAACGUUGACAUCAUUCCUCGGUGGUGGUGUUGCAGUUCAUAGGAUUUGGACAUCAGUACCAGCAUUGCGAGAUGAAGAAACAUGGAUUCAUCAUGUGGUUGUUGAACAUCCUGGCGUAGUUGCUUUUCUGGUUAUGGACGCACUUAUUUUCAUUGCUGUUAUAACUUUGAUGGCAGCACAAGCAUUCCAGAUUUCCCGGAACAUUACCACUAAUGAAUUUGCAAAUUCUGCACGGUAUGGUUAUCUUUUUGGUCCAGAUGGGCGUUUCCGCAACCCAUAUAACCAUGGGUGCCGAAAGAAUUGUGCGGAUUUCCUGAUCCAUGGCUACACAGAUGACAAUGAGAUUGCUUGGCCUCCUUUACAGCAGGUUGCCAGGUAGUCGUAUAUGUCACGGUAUGCAAUUGUACUACUGUUCUUCCUCUGUUGUCGGGUGAUUCUGAAACCCUUCCUCUCAGUUACAAAUAUUGGUCAUACCUCACCACAGGCCCCACAGCUGUCGCUAUAUUCACCCUUACUCAUUUUCCGGAAAAACAGAAACUCGAUUUCAUUACCUGUCUCUGUACAUUUCAAUACCAUAAAAUCAUAGAGAAACUAUAUUCCUGUAACACGUUCUCUUAUCAAUUCCAUAUGGCAUAUGGGGUUCUGUAAUCUUCCCACCUGCUGUUUACUUGGUUUAAACGGAAAAUGGAUUCUAAAUCCUAAUACCGGUAAACUUGAGGAACUUUGCAACAGGGCCAAUAGAUACAAACUCUACAAUAUAAUUGGGUUGUUGGUAGGG